AUGUCGGAAUUCAACAUCCCAGAGAAAUACGAUGACCUGCCGGACAAGCGACGAUACUGGCCGGCGGCGCCGGGGUCGCGCGAAGAGGGACUGGGCAUGCUACGACUAUUGACUCCGGAGGUCGUCGCCAAUGCUGCCCAAACGCAAAUCCGGACUGGCGAACGCGUGUGUCUGAAUUGGGACCUCGAGAAGCUGAAUCCUCCGGGCUUCAAGCGUAAGCCCUUCGAACACAAAGUGAAGUGGGUGGCGGAGGGCGUUGCCUUUGACGACGAAUAUCACUUCAACCCGCAGCAAUCCUCACAAUGGGACGGACUGCGUCACCAUAGUGCGCCGCCGCCGCCGCCAGCUGGCACAGAGGAGGACAGCAGUAGUCGCACAACAUCAACCACCACCACCACCACGACCGGCAGGGCGAACGAACAGGUGUUCUACGGUGGCACGACAGCGGCCGAGAUCCUGGACCCCAAGUCCGCGCGCAUCGGCAUCGGCCACUGGGCGAAGGAGGGGAUCGCGGGCCGCGGGGUGCUGAUCGACUACUGCAGCUGGGCGCGGGAGCAGCGCGGGGUGACGGUGGACGCGCUCAGCCGGCACGAGAUCUCGCUGGACGAGGUGCAGGCGAUCGCGCGGGACUGCGGCAUCGAGUUCCAGCGCGGGGACAUCUUCUUCCUGCGCGUGGGCCUGCCGGCCACGUGGGACGCGAUGGGCGACGAGCAGAGGGCGGCGUACAGCCGGCAGCCGACGCCGCAGCAUGCGGGGCUCGAGCAGAGCGAGCGCGUGCUGCGCUUCCUCUGGGACCACCACUUCGCCGCCGUCGCGUCCGACGCGGUCAGUUUCGAGGUCUACCCGCCGCUCCGGCCGGAGUGGGACCUCCAUCACUACCUCCUGGCCGGGUGGGGGCUGCCCAUCGGCGAGAUGUUCGACCUCGAUGGGCUCGCCGAGAUGUGUCGGCGGCUCGGGCGGUGGACCUUCUUUGUCUCGAGUAGUCCAUUGAAUUGUGCGCAGGGCGUGUCGAGUCCGCCGAAUUGUAUGGCUAUUUUUUGA